AUGGAGUUCCAACAUCUGUCUCGUGUCUACAUCAUUGGAGCCCCUGGAGCAGGCAAAGGCUCUCUUUGCACCAAGCUCGCAGCCGACUACGGAUUCUACCAUCUUUCCAUCGGCGACCUGCUGAGAAAGCAAGCUGAAGUUGGCGACCUGAGACCAGAUAUUAUCAGAGCCAUUCAGCACAGUGCUCUAUUGGAGACUGAAGACCUGGUUCCAAUUAUCGAACAUGCUAUCGAAGAGCUGUCCAAGGCUGGAAAACAGCGACUGUUGAUUGACGGCGUUCCCCGUUCUGUGCAGCAGAUAGGGGCUAUUGAGGGUGCCGUCGGUUCUCCGGACCUCGUUCUUUUUUUCGAUUGCCCCGAAGGACUGGCCAAGCAUAGAUUCCUCACCAGACACCUCCCUGGCAGAUCAGAUGAUAUCGAUACCUUUAAUGCCAGAUACACGCACUAUGUGCGUCAGAAUGUACAAAUAGUCGCACAUUACCAGGAGAAGGGUUUGCUGGUUACGGUCGACACAAGCGGCAGUGUUAACUCUUCUUACGCCAAAUUGCUGGACGCUCUGCGUUCCACCGAGAAUCCAGCUCACAAUGAGUUAUGA